AUGGCGGCGCCGUUGCAGUUUGCCCCGUUCACCUCAGAGAUCGAGCUGCCCUUCUACUCGGCGCUUUUUGGCUCAAAGCUUGACCAUGACAAGCUCGACGACUCGGCGCGAAGCGUUCUUGGUCUCUAUGAACCACGCUUGGAAGAACCUGAGGCCAGCGUUCGUAUGCAGAUAUUAGGAAAUGCUCUCACCAGCAGCAAAACUAAUGCGCCUAGCCCACCUCUUGGGACAAUGAGAGCAGAGGGUAUUAUUAGGAACGUAAACACACUUGAGGAUUUUAAAAAUACAGACAAAGCUGCCAUGCUAAGAACUGCUGGUCGACAGGUAUGGGAUGCGAUCAAGGAUGGUAGUAUCUACUCUGUUCCUUCCCUCCUUUCAUCAUUUAUUAUACUAUCAUAUGCCGAUCUUAAGAAGUACAAGUUCACAUACUGGUUUGCUUAUCCCGCCUUGCACUCCGACCCUUCGUGGAAGCGGUCCGGUCCAGCCGAACAUCUCAAUGCCCAGGAAAGCACAGCCCUUGUCGACAGGGUCGGGACUUGGAGGUACAGCGUUGACGCUCGCGAGCGUGGCUUCUUCCUGGUGAAGAAGGUCCGUGGAGAAGAGCUUGAUCCUGAGGAUACCGAAGCUUCUCAGGGGCUUCCCUUUCGAUGGGAAGUUGGUUCGCUGCGUGAAUUUGAGAAUGGCUUCUUUGACCAGGUGGCCGAGGAGGACCGGUUUGUCUCAUUCGUUGACCCUUCAACAUACUCAGAGGGUCCUGGAUGGCCACUGCGAAAUUUCUUAGUCCUUAUCCGACAGCGAUUCCGAUUGACAAAGGUCAAGGUUAUUUGCUACCGUGAUACCUGGGCGAAGAGGCACGAAGCACGCAGUGUUAUUCUCCCAAUCGAGAUGGACCCAGUUGAGAACCUAGAAAUCACCGAAAUGCCCAAAGUUACUGGCUGGGCCCGGUCGAGUAACGGUAAACUCCAGGCGCAGCAAGUGAAUUUGGGUGAGUACAUGGAUCCAGCACGAUUGGCCGACAGCUCCGUCGAUCUCAAUCUGAAACUCAUGAAAUGGAGAAUCGCCCCAAACCUCGACUUGGACACCAUAAAGAACACUAAGUGUUUGCUUCUGGGUGCUGGUACAUUGGGGAGCUAUGUGUCGAGAAAUCUCAUGGGUUGGGGUGUAAGAAAGAUUACAUUUGUGGAUUAUGGACGAGUAUCAUUUUCCAAUCCUGUCAGACAACCACUAUUCGACUUCAAAGACUGCCUUGAAGGAGGGAAGCCAAAAGCUCCACGAGCAGCUGAAGCACUGAAAGAAAUCUACCCUGGCGUCGACAGUGAGGGACAUGCACUAUCCGUUCCCAUGCUCGGCCAUCCAUACACAGAUGAGGCCAAGACAAGGGCAGACUACGAAAAGUUGGAAAAGCUCAUAAACGAACACGACGCCAUUUUCUUACUUAUGGACUCGAGAGAGUCGCGCUGGUUACCAACUGUUAUGGGAAAGGCUGCAGGCAAGAUUGUCAUGAAUGCCGCACUGGGCUUUGACUCAUAUGUUGUUAUGCGGCAUGGCUCUGAAAACAAUGCUGAAGGACAGACACCACUUGGUUGCUAUUUCUGCAAUGAUGUAGUUGCCCCAGCAGAUUCGCAAAAGGAUCAGACUCUUGACCAGCAAUGUACUGUCACUCGUCCAGGAGUUGCUGCGAUUGCUUCAGCCCUCCUUGUUGAGCUUCUGACAAGUUUGUUGCAACACCCCCUAGGCAAAGACGCGCCAGCACCUCAACCAACUGGGGGAGUGGUUCCAGAGAGAGAUCCUCCUGACCACGCACUGGGGUUGGUUCCUCAUCAAAUCAGAGGUUAUGUCUCGACGUUCCAGAACCUUGUUAUUCGGGGCCAAUCUUAUGAUUGCUGUAGCGCAUGUAGUCCUAAGAUCCUUGAUGCAUACCGCAGCGACGGUUGGGGAUUUGUUAGGAAGGCCUUGCAAGAGAAGGAAUAUGUGGCAGAGUUAUCAGGUCUAGCCGAGGUCCAGCGGAGAGCAGAGGAGAUGUCGGCCCAGGUUGAUUGGGAAGAGGAUGACGACCUCGUUGAGGAUGGCGAUGGAGAAUUGAUUUAG